UAAAACUGCUUGCUCAUUAGGAGGUAAACAACAAAUAAUGCUGGUCUCGCGCGUGGGUAUACUUUCAGGGUUGGGGUGGGUUUUUGUAGUUUCCAAAUGUUUCGCCGAAUAGAGUUGUGCAUCUAUUAAAGGAAAAGCAGCCUUUACAAAUAAAAUUUGGCAACUUCGAGUAAAAGUCAAAAAAAUAUUCAUUUCUUACACAUAUCUUAAGCAUCGAAGAUUUUGGCACUGCAAAGUUAGAUCUUGAAGCCUUAACGUGGUGGGGACAUGGCAGAUCAUUGCUGCAAUUUUAAAUACUGUAUCCUUUUCAAUACUUUAAACAUUUAAGCAAAGAAAAAGGCAACAAAACUGCUUGCUCAUUAGGAGGUGAUUCAAGUGAGAGAUCAUGUUUGGCAGAGCCAGUUAUUUAUCCAGAUCUUAAGCUUCCAUAGGAUUUCAGCUUAUUCGACAGAAAAAAAGUCAACUCAAAUUACUUCUAAUGUUCUACUAGUAACUAUGGAGCAGGAAUGUUGGCACACAUAUAAAACAAUGUUACAUGAGGAGGAGAGAUGGGAAAUGCUAAACACUAUAACUUACUAAUUUUUUGAAUUGUCAUCAACAUACACAAAUUCAAUUAAGAUUAGACUCGGUAUCUAUAAAAGUAAAAAGGGAUGGUUGAUUAUGAGCACCACGUACAAUAUUGUAUGUCUUUGAAUUUCGAGUCCGAGGAUGUACGUAAUCUUAAAAAUCUAAAAGUUUUUCUUGAUCAAUUGUGUUUUUUCGUUGUAAGUUGCAAAAGCAGCCCAUUCCAAAAACAUUUUCGACACUUGAAAACAAUAUAUCGUAAACGUCACAUAAAAUUCUCAGAAAUGAAAAUUUAAUAAUAUAUUAAUGAUAUUAUAAGCGAAUGUCCUUGUUCUAACCCAAAUAGUAAAAGAUCACACUAGAAAGGAGGUACGCAUUAGAGAGAGUGUCACUUUCACUAAUUGAAAAAUAGUUGUAGACUUCAAAUUUGAAUGCAUAAACUUCCAGUUUAAAUUUCAGGGCAAGUUGUUAGUCUGCGUCACCUUACACAUACAAAUACAAAAAGUAAUACUAGUAUUAUAUAGUAAAAUAAUUUCAUUUAGUAGAGCUUUACAUAUACUAGGUGUUAACUUGUGGGGAAGACUUGAAAGUAUAUAUUGGUGGCUGUGAAGUAAGUUUACUUUAUGGCACGUGAAAUAUUUGCUUUGUGUUUGUUUGGAACGGCUUAGAGAUGCAUUGUUUUUGGUAGGUUGACCUGUCCAAAACCCCUUACUAAUCGUGCUCCGUGUAUGGACAUUAUCACAACCAAAAAUGAACUAAUCGUGCUUUGUAUAUGAAUAUUAUCACAACAAAACUGUACAUAGUGGGUGAAAAGUUGAAGAAUUAUAAUUGAAAGGACCAAGAAGACUAUGGCACGUCCAAGACUACAACGACGUGUUCAAAAUCCAAGUCAGCCAAGGGCAAAGCAGAAAAAUCUACACCUGCCUCCAAAGGCAAGGAAAGCGAUGCGGAGUAAGAAUCUGAAGAGACACCCAAGGAACCAGAACCAGUUACAAAGGGAAAAUCAGUUGGUUCAGGCAAGUCAGAAAGUCCAGUAAGAAAAGGAAGCGAUGAGUCUGGGCCUCAAGAAAGGCUUUCCAUCUUUUCUCCUUUGUAAUGUGAUUUAAUUAAGGAAAGCUAAGGUCAGCUCAGCGACAGGUGGUAUGCAGUGGCCGUGUCUAGGCAUUAGAAAUGUAGUAGGAUUGUUUUAAAGACAAGAAGCAUAGUAGAUAAGUUCACUUUCAAACUAUUUGCUGUAAAUCUUUCUAAACCGUUAUUCAAAGCUUUUUUUUUUUUUGUAAUUUGUAAAUGCUUUUAUUACAUUAGAUUAAAAAAAGCCAUACAUAAUAUUAGAAUCAAACAUGAAAAGGGUAAAUGACAAAAAACAAAACCUCAAUCAAUCAAUCAAUCAAUCUCAAACUUCUGAUCCUUGCUAAGCUGCCGAUGUGUCUUUGUUUUCUUUUGUGUUGACGGCCAAAACAUCAUCCUUGAGGUAAAGUAUGGACAAAUUUCUUUGGUCGGGGGGGGGGGGGGGGGGGGAUUUUCGAUAUCAUCCCAGCAAGUUGGACAUGAAGGCUUGUGCCGCAGCCACGGGAGAAUACAAUUUCUAUGAAAACUGUGGUCGCAACAACGCAACUUCAUGAUGAUGGUCCCCGGCUGGCCAAACUCUUGUAGACAGAUUGGACAGUAUGGUUCUGUUGGUAUUCUUCGACCUUGAGCGUUGUAAUCAUUCAAGUCAAAAAAGUUGUUGAACGAUCUUUAUUUGACAGCUUCAACUUGUGCUUCAACCAAAAAACCAGUUUUUUUUCUCAUGGCGUCUUGGAAGAUUUUGGGAAGGAUGAACAGUUGAAUCCAUCUGUCUAUGGCUGUCUUAGACAAGAUUUUAGACACCUAUCCACUGCAAAUUUCUUCUCCAGCAAGAAAACAAGGUGGUAUCUCAAAUUCGACUACAGCUGAUGAAGCUAGGGUUCUUUGUUUUACAAGAUUUUCACGGCCAUCAAUACUACUCCGCACAAUAGUCCGUUCAACUUCUCGGAUCCUUAUAGAGAAGGAUCGUGAAAUCUGGGAAUCAAUGGCAUGAGUCUUGGAGUCGUAGUUUAGAAUCCUUGUUGUUGAGACGUUUCCGGACAUCUUCUUGUUGAAUCCUUUACCAAUAAAACUCAAUAUGCUUCUUUUCUUGUGUUAUCUAGUGAUUGAUUUGUUUGAUAUUUAUAGAGAAGCAAAGUUAGAAAAAAAGAGGAAAAGACGGUUGCUCGUAAGCUACUACGUGUCGACUCCACGACUACCAAUCAUCAGCUGUGAAACGACACCGUAUAAAGCGCGAGUGAAACAGUAAAAAGGAAAAAAGGAAAAUCCCCUUUUUACAAAAGGAAAAGGAAAAGGAAAAACACUUUUACGGUGGUGGACCCCAAAACUCUAGACAUCAUCUUGUUGUGUCGAUGAGUCUCUCCACGCAGGAGCUUUGUAGAAGUGAGAAGUUGCACUUGUGUCUUCAACUGAGUCAGGAAUCAUGGAGAUCUCUAAGACUCAAAGUCAGGAACUAACAAACAAAUUGGAGGAUUUUCAAGUUCCCGUGGGAUUAUGAUGAAUGCAGGUAGACCAGACCCAUUGCCAAAUCUUCAGCUACUUUCAUACAUGAUAAGAAACCUGAAAAUGCAAGGGCACAAUUGCUAUAUGAAGUAAAUCUUCUACAAUUUCAAAUUGUGCUAGUUUCUGUUGAACUUGGUGCUCGUCAGCGCCUGAUCCACGAGUCCAACCUGAUCGACAUUGAUCUGGCCCAAAGUUGGCCCAUCGAUCCUUGCCCGAACAUUCUGAGAUUGACGCUCAAAGAGCCAUCAUCUCGAGGGGGCGUAUAAGACACAAAGUAUCCCACAUCGGUAGUUGGAAGAGAUCCUAAGUAAUAUAUAAGAUAGAUGGACCACUCCACUUAUCACCAAUUGAUUUUAGGUUGGAAGCCUAUCUAACUUAACAUGGUAUCAGAGCGGUCUUGUUAAACCAACAGAUCCUCACAAAAAUUUUCUUUUCUUCGCUUAUGAUGGAUAUUUCAUCUUCUUUAAACAUCAUUCAGCCCACCCUUAACAUUGAUCCGCGACACCCUAUUACGGCGGUCAAUGAUACCAUUCAAAUUACCCUAAUGAGUGAUUUAUACUCUCUCAAAUAAGAGGUCGAGUUGUAGCACUUAGGGAUCGAAUUCACAGGGAGCUAGGGAACCUAGGAAAUUAAUAUGAUUUGUUAAACAAGAUUGAUUUAGAAUUUUUAAAUAUAAAUUGCAGUUUUUAUAUUGAACAAGUAUUUGUUCAAUAGCUGGUUUGAGAUUUUGGUGUUUAAAAAGGAAAUAGUUAGACUUAGGGUUUUUAUUCAAGAAACUUGAGAUUAUAAUCCUACAGAUGCGUAAUGAGUUGCAUGCAUGAUAAUGUAAAGCUCAACUACUUAGUCUACAAGUCCAUCAGCGUUCACAAUGUUUGGACUUGUCUAUUAACUAGAUCUAUUAAUCUCAACUGUCGUAUUUUGAUCAAUAGAAAAUAUCGAAACAAAACUUGCUUCUACACUCACAAAACCAUCUCUUUAUUACUUGUCGUGGAAAAAAUCCGCCUUUGUAUGCUUAAAUAAUUUCUGCGAUGUAUUUAUUUAUUCAAUAAAAAAGGUUCAAGGAGUGGCUAUUGUUACAUACAGCAAUAUUGGGCCGGUUUGUUGUAUGAGAAUGUUGUCAGCAUAAUGCAGACGAGAGAUACGUAUAUAGUGUGAAUCUUGGAUUUAAAUUGGUUGCAUGUUUUGUUACAUUUAUGCUUUCUCCACUUAGUGCUUAUGCAGUUUGUUGCAAUUUUUGGUGUGAGAAUGUCACUAGCUUUGAGGAGAAUGACUUCCAGGUAGUCUUCUCUAUUACUUUAUUUGCAUCAACCACCACUUAUAGGGCUCAAAUAAUGCAUUUGAGAUCUUGCUUAGGGUGAUAAGAUUGGGACUCUGUUUCGAACCGCUUCUUAUAUGUAUAUUGAUUUAAUUAUAUGCAUCUAUUAAGAAUGAAAUGAUUAUUCACUUCUGGUUCCUGUCUCAACUAUUCUGCUCUUGUAAAAAUCUACUUUUAUGCUAUAUAGUUAUUGAAUUGCCUUCUGAAUCUCUGUUGUUAUUUUAACCUGCAGGUACUGCAAAAGGGCAUUCCAUGAGCAACUUACAUGACCAAUAAGCUGAUUUCAGCUACAGGUCUCCAGCUCUAAGGGUUAUGAUCAGAAACCUGAAAGUGCAAGGGCACUGUUGCUGGAUGAAAUUGUAUUAUAAUGACCAUAGUACAGCGAACCAGGUAAAAGUCUUCUAGGAGAACCUCCAACGGUAGAGCUGGCUCUGUGACUAGCUCAUGAACAUAUUCUGUCUUCCCGUCAACUUCUCUGUGCGACCUUUCCAAUGAAACGCCAUAUAUACGGCUAGGCAACUCUGUCAUUGACCACUAGAACCAUAUAAACAAGCGCACAUUUUUCUGUAGAAGUCUUUCAGUAUCAUUUGGAAUGAAACUCCUCUUCCCACAGCUGUUUCUAAGUAACAUCCUUGGUGAAACCUGUAUAAUCUUUAUCUUAUAUAUAUGUAGGCUCCAUACCCUGAGCAAUAAAUCUUCUUUAACGCCAUGUCCUGAGAACCUCAAAUCCUGAAUAGUUAUCCAAAGAAGAAAUCUCACUUGUACAUGAUUACAUGGCUACAAACUCGUCCACAUAAGAUAUGCUUUACGAGCUGAAUAGAUUGAGAUGAGCCACUUUGAUAAAUUUCUUGGGCUUUCAACUUAAAACUAAUUGGCGGUAAGUAGAGUGGCUCAUGACCUUUAUAUAUUACUUAAGUUCUAUUCAUAUUUUUUGAUGUGAGAUCUUCUCUCCAACACUCUCCCUCGAAAUGAUGGUGCGUAUAACCAUUAAUCUUGCAGAAUCCAUCAUAUUCCCUCCGAGACAAUGCUUUAUUAGGCUUCCAAUUUAAAACCAAUUGACAAUUAGUGGAUUGACCCAAGUUCCUUAUAUAUUAUUCAUGUCACAUUUAUAUUUCCAAUGUGAGAUCUUUAUCUCCAACACCUUCCCUCGAGAUAAUGGUAGUAUAACCAUUAUUCUCGACAAUCCAUCAUACCCCCUCUGAGAUAAUUCUCUUUUCUAGCAAUCUUGGCGGAACUGAGCCUUCUAUGGACCAUCAGCUAAUAGGAUGAUCGGACCACUUUCCGGACUGGAUAAGUGGGUUAGGGUGUAGGCCCACUCUGAUAGCAUGAUCAAUUUUUUGGGCUUCCAACUUAAAACCAAUUGACGGUAAGUGGAGUGACAUAGGUCCCUUAUAUAUUACUUAAGUCUCAUUCAUAUUUUUGAUGUGGAAUAUUCUUUCCAACACACUUUGCAUACAGCUUGGAAAAAUAUUUAGAAAUCUGCUCUACAAAUAGUUUCAGCUCCGCUGUUCCUCCCAGCUCAACCAACUUUUAAUUUUCUUUUUUCUUGGAUUUCUAUUCCAUAGACUUGCAGUACCAUAAGCUUAUUAUACCCAAGGAGCAAAGAAGAGUCUGACUACGUUCUUGGUAGUAACAAGGAACAAACUUGAGAUCCCCUAACACUGACAACUUUAAGGUCAGAUGACAAUUCAUCAGCAGCAUCUAGUGAUUCGUUGUGGCAUGUCUAAGGUUAGGUUCCAAGGACAUGUACCAGAUUCUUUUGUGUGUGUGUGCUUUCUGCAUUGGGAGAAAUCGUUUCUUUUUCUGGAAUUGAAUCAGGUUUGCUUACCCAACUCUCAACGGUUCUGUAACUAACUUGACCAGAUUGAAAGUAGUCAUUUGGGCCAUUGAGAAUAAGUUGUCCUGUAAUAUUCUGUGGCUACUCAUAAUUACACUCUCUCUAUGCCUUGAAAGUAUCUGAUAUCUGCACACAAAAAAGAAAGCACUUGUAGAUCUGUUAGAUGGCGCUGGUUUUCAUAUAGUUUUUUUUAGCACAAUUUUGGGCGUUUAAAAGAAAUUACUUUCUAAAUAUUUUAGAUGGCCUUGAAGAAUGACAUCUAUUUCAUUUUUUAAAUGAAAUCGGGACCAUUUCAUUAUUUUUUUUGUAAAUGAAGCUCACGUUCUUUCUUGUACCGGUAUGGAGUACACUAGGGGCUUACAUUAUAUGCAUAUCAUCAUUGGAAAAUCAAGGUUGGGAUAUUUCUGAAGAAUGGGAACAAAAACGUAUCUUAUUUGCAAAUCUGGAGAGAACAUCUGAACAUGGUUUCUUCCUUCCUUUUAUCAGUUAUCAAAGACGAAAUACUUUUUUAUCAACAAAGAACCGUAGCUUCACCGGACAAACUAAGUCAUUAGUCAUAACCAUGUAAUUUUCCAUACAAUUAAAAUAAAAUGCUCUUUAUAAAAGAAGACAGAAAAGAAAUUAAGGAAUGCAUAGAGAAUAUAGUUCUGUACCAAGAAAUAACAAUGAGAAAUAGCUUAAAAUUGUUUUGUUUAUCUUCCAAUGUAGGCAUACUUUCACGUCUAUGGCUCUAUAUUUUAUUGGUUUGAAGUGAAGUAUUAUCACUUUAAGUAUUUUAUAUACAAAACCUAGUGAUAGUAUAGCUGAUUUCUAUAUAGAUUUGAACGCUGUCAAAUUUCAAGAUUCAAAGAUAAGAUCAGAACAUAUGUGUAACUAAUUUGAGCUUCUUCUGAACAUAUGAAUACAAAUCAUGAAGAUUGAGCUUAAUUUUUUUUUCAUUUUACAAAAUUUGGUUAAUACGAUUUGUUAAUGAUAUUUCUAUAAUAUUAUUCAAGAAGUCAGUUUCAUACGUAACACCUUUAUUUUAAUUUUGACAAUGUUUACUACAUUGAUAGUUUGAUGAGUUGAAAAUAUCAUAAAUAUUCAAUUAUUAAGUUUGAUUUUUACUUUAUAAUUUGAUCAAGUUGGACAUGUCGGCUUGCGGCCCAAACAAGUGAAAAUACAAUCCCUAUGAAAACAAUGGUCGCAAUAACGCAACUCGGCGAUGAUGUCGCUUCUACUCUGACCAAACUCUUGUUGACAGAUUGGAAAAUUUGGGUUUGUUAGUAUUCUUCGACCUUCAGAGUCGUAAUCAUUCAAGUCAACAAAUUCAUUGAAAUAUGUUUCUUUGACCGCUUCAACUUGAACUUCAACCAAGAAACCACAACUUUUUUUGCCUAGUUCAUUGGCUUGCAUGUUUUGCCUAGUUCAAUGCCGUUUUUACAUAUUUUAGGAAAAAUAAUCACAUGAAUUCAGCUCUUUAUGGUUGUCUUAUAAAAGUCAUUAUGCACAUAACGACUGCAAAUUUCUUCUUCAAAAAGAAGAAACGGAAUCUCAAAUGCGAUUGCAGUUGAUGAAGAUAUGAUUUUUUGUGCUAUCACAUUUUCAUGAUGACUUCCAUUAAGCCGCAAAAUAUCUUGUUUAAAUUGUCAAAUCCGUAUGGAGAAUUAUCAUGAAAUUUGAGACUAAACGACGGUGUGCAUCUUCGAGUCAUAGUUUAUGGUCUGUGUCGUUGAGAUUCCCUCGGCUAUAUCGUUAUUACCAAAGCUUUGAUAAGUGCAGUUCAUUUUUCUUUUUGUAUUUUUCGGAUCAAAGAUCUUUUUUUUGUCACAACUCGGAUCAAAGAUCUAUUGUUUAAUAUUUAUAGAUAAGAAAAAGUUUAGAAAAAAAGGAAAUACAAUUAGUUUCCAUAAAAAAAAGAAAUAAAAUUAGAAAAAGAAAGAAACAUGAUGUUUUUGUCUUAAAAAAAGGAAAGGUUAACAAAAAAAAAAAAGAGGAAGGUUUCAUUCACACCCAAAGGCACAACCGGUUAAAUUUAAAAUUAGAGCUGAACCGAAAAAAAAAACAAAAAAAAAUAGCGAUGCCAGAAAGGCACGAACCUCCCGUCCUCCCCUGCUCAAAGUCCUUGGCUUUCGCCGCCGCACAGGUUUCCGUCUCGAUCCGCCGGAAAGUGUCCUAGUCUCGCCGUCGACUGCAACGAGUUCUGUUCCAGUCGUCAACCAUCUGUGGCAAGUUUUCCUAGUCUCGCCAUCGACUGCGACAAGUUGUGUCUGAGCGUUCUGUUUCAGUCGCCCACCAUCUGUUCGAUUGAAUGCCUGAACGGUUUUGCAUCUGAUGAUUCUGUGACUUUUACCUCCACGAUUUCUUGGCUUCGCUUUUAUCCAGACUCUUUAUGAAGAAGCUGAUUCUGGGGAUGUUGUGAGUUUUCUGACUUGGUAAACGUUGAGCACGAACAUGCCUAUGAUCAUAGCAGCUAUGAUUAUUGCAAUGGUGCUUGGCUUUAGCUUGCUUGUUUCCGUCUGGUUUGGUGGAGCCGAGUUUCUGAGCUUGACUGUUGUUGGAGGGUUUGAAAGAGUACAAGGCAUUGAACAAAGGGUCUUCAAUGGCUUCCCUCAUAGCUUUGGAUUACCACUCGGCCUUCUGGUUGUGAUUGUAGGGGAUAUCGACUGUAGCGUUUGAUGGAAGAGAGCCGCUCAGAAGAUAUCAAGAAAGAUACAAGAACCUGUACUGCUUCGUAAAGGUUUUCUUUGCCAAGGAAACGACCAUUAGCUGAGAGAUUCAGGAGCUGUGGAGACUAAUGGCACUGUUGAUAGUACUCUCUAGUCCAAAUCACCAGAGAGAUUGUUGCCUCCAAUGGAGAUGAUCCCGAAGCUCAGUGGGUUUUGAAGACCCGUUGAAGAAUUUUUUUGACAGAUCCAAAAUCCUUAGAUGUGGAAUCGAGACACAACCCCAAGAAGGUGUUUGUUGGACUUGGGCAGUACCAAUCUUGUGACUCUUAACAUGUCUUGUGUGUGUGUUGGGCUUCCCAAGCUCUAGACACAAAUCAUUAUAGUUCCAGUUGCGUACAACAUAGAGAGAGGGUCCCUGAAGGAUAGAGUAAGUAUUUGAAAGAUAGCAGAAGAACACCAUCAGUGCUGAGGGCUUGGAGUUUUCUGGAGGCUAGAAGAAGGCGAAAUCGAAACAAUGAGAAAAGGUUGCUUCGGCUGGAAGUCAUAGUCUCUCGCGUUAACAAAUACAUGUACACAUUUGUGGUAACCCCUUAAUGCUUAACACCAAGAAGCUCUAGAUUUUCUAUCUCAAAGUACCAUUUAUUAUCGUUUAUACAAAUUAAUAUAUUGAUGAGAGAAGAAAAUCAAGCGAUGUGUUUUAGUCACUAUGUCUCUCCUCUUCUUGUCGAUGUCGUGUGAUAUCAUCAUGGGAAAACAUGUUGCUGUUUAUCCAUUGGCUCAUUUGGUGGUUACCAAAUUUUAGAUCAGAUCUUUGAUGCAGGCCAUUAACUAAUCCAAGUCGGCAAUAUUACUUGCGUAAGUUAGCAAAAAAAAAAAAAAAAAAAUUACUUGCGUAUAAAAGAAGGCACAAGACAUCCAAAGGACCUAACCUAAUUUCGGUUCACGACAGGGGGCCGUAAUGGCACGAGAGCUACACGGAGCCUUCCAAGAGUGGAUAGAGCAAGAGAACAACAAAAGAGAAAAAGAUAAUCUCUAUAGCAAGUGGGAGUUCGAGUCUUUGUCUUUGUUAUAGUUUCUCUUUAAGCCUUGUACCUGAAACACAAAGAAAGCGCUGGUUUAGAACGUUGUAUAAACCUUUGAUAAGAAAGUGGAUGUUUGUUGGAGAAGGUUCCCACACGAGUUGUACCCUUGCGGAGGGGAAUUCCUUAAAUUAAUCUUGGUAUGUCAGAGUUACUUUAAGUUUGUGUUUAAACUGUGUUUAAUGUGUGAAUCGAAGUUAAGAUCCUUACAAGUCGAUUUUCUUCGUAAUCGGUGAGUCUUUUUUAUCUCCAUAAUUGUCGAGUGUGAUCUUCAAGCAAACAAAACUUGGCGAUUCUGCGUUGUCGGCGUGUUUCUGUUCUUGUUGGGCGCUACAGUUUAAUCCUUCCAAAAGAACUCUUGCGCGUUCUAUGUAACAAGAAAAGGAAUCGUAAAACCGCCAUGGCCCCAUGGAGAAGAUUGGCAAAAACGGUUAAGACCGCAUUGAACUUAUAUUAAAAUCGAUCAAAUUGAACCAAAAUAAUUUUCUUUUGCAACAAUCUUUUAAGUAUAUACAAAAAGAAACAGUAUACCUCUCAUUGGGUUAGGAUGGGCUUAUUCGAAACGACACAGUUGCCAGUUAAGAAGCAGACAGCAUGGACAGGUUAGGACUAAAGUACAAGAAUGUUGUAAGAAGAAAAAAAAGGAAGAAGGGAUAAGCAAAACGACGCCGUUCCGCACCUCACCGUCUCUCUCGUUUCUCCGUCAUCAGGAUAGCCUGCGCAUGGUGCGAGCCGUAACCGUAACCGUAACCGUAACCUCCGCGACGGCGUCCUCGGAGCCGGCAAAUCAAAACCCUGGAGCCGCGUGGCAUCACGAAGACUCGUCCGGUGUCCCCGGAGAUGAAGGACAUAGUGGGCGAGUCGGUGAUACCUCGCACACAAGCUCUCAAGCGCAUUUGGGCCUACAUCAAGGAACACGAUCUUCAAGAUCCACAAGACAAGAAGGUUAUAAUCUGCGAUGAGAAGCUAAAGAAGAUAUUUGAAGGCAAAGACCGUGAUGGGUUCUUGGAGAUUGCAAAGCUUAUCGGUCCUCACUUUCUCUGAAUGAAUUUACCUGAGAGAAAGACACAAUUGCUGACCCUAUGACCGUAUGUUUUGGUGAGCUUAUGAAAGAUCAGAAUAUAUAUAUAUAUAUAUAUGUUAGUAUAAGUAGAGUUUAAGAAGUUUUAUGCAACCAAGUAGUAGUUUAAAGCGGGAUAAUCUUUUCUUGGGUUUAUAUGUGUCUCCUUUGCCUCCCAUUGCAGUUAAAAUAUGUGCUUUAGUUUGUCUUAGGACUUGAAGAAACUCUUUUAAUGCAUCUGUUCUUCAUCUUAUUCACUUUUUGUCUUUCACAUUAUACUGUCAAAAAAAAAAAAAAAACAAAAAAGGCUAUCCUAGGGAAUUUAUAAAAUAUUUUCAUGAUUCGAUUUUCAAGAUCACAUCUGCUAUGAAGAUAAUAAAAAGGGAAAAGGGAAAAUCCUUUUCAUGAUUAAUUUUGGAGAUAAGAUAAUCAAAUUUUAUAUUUCCUUUCUUCUACUGGGAACCGACUCUCAGUAGCUAUAGGGCAGGCUCAUCAUAGUCUCUCUAUAAAUAGAGAACCUCUCAACUAUCUAUAGCUUACAAAAGCAAACAACGAGAAAGAAACACAGCGUCAAGGAGAAAUCAAAUAUAUUCUUAAUCAAAGAAGAAGAAGCUAUGGGUCUCUCUAAGGCACGCAAGCUACUCUUAGUCCUCGUCAUCACUUCUUACGUCUUUUCCGGGACUGCUCAUGCAUGGAGCUGGAGCUGGGGAUCUGGACAAUCCGGUUCGAGCUGGGGAUGGGGUUGGGGCUCCGACAAUAAUUCUGGCUUAGGUUCAGGUGGUUCAAACUCGAACUCAGGUGGUGGUUCAAGCUGGGGUUGGGGAUGGAGCUCGAACGGAACAGACACAAACUGGGGUUGGGGAAGCAGCUCUGGCUCAAACCACUCAAGCGGCACUGGCUCUACACACAACAAUCACAGCUCGGGCUCAAACCAGACACGCGGUAGUAGUAUUGGCUCUUCACACAAAAACCACACGGCUCAAGUAUCACCUAGAAGAAAGAUUGAGGUUAGUGUGUGGAAGAACGGAUUCGACUACCAAGAAUGGGCUUCAAAGCAUGCACCCUUCCACAGCAACGAUGUCCUUUCUUUCAAGUACAACGGUAAAAGUCAAUCCAAGACGAAGAAGCACAAUAACAAGAACGAUGUCUACUUGCUCCCGGACUUGAAGAGCUACAAGAGAUGCGAUGUGAGCAGAGGCAAGAAGCUAGUCGCGAGAGGAGGCUCAUCAUCAGGGUUUAAGUUGCUUCUCCGCAAGACUCAUCAGACUUACUUCUUCGCUAGUGGAGACCACAACGGCUGCAACCACAACAUGAAGUUCUCUAUCUCCCCGAUUCCUCGUUCUUCUUCACACACUAAACCCGAAUUCCACAUGCUUUCCCUUACGUUAAACUUCUACUUUGUUUCGUUGUUAGAUUCUGUUUAUUUUCCUUUUUCUUUUGUUUCUUGUGCCUCAAGUCAACGAUGGACUGGGUACUCCAAUUUCAUAGUUUUUAUCAAACUCAUUGACUAAAAUUUCAGGAACAAUUUAUUGGAAUUUUUUCCGAUCGAUAGAUAAAAUAGCCAAAUCACUUUCUAUGAGAAAACUGAGCAAAAUAAUAUUUUAAAUGGUUUAGGUUUUAAAUAUCUUCAAAUCUUAUAAGAUUUGUAAGAGAUGUGAGAUAAACAAAAAAACUUUGUCAAUACAAAAUCAAA